UUAUAUUAUUUUCUUGUUGUAAGAAAUUACAGAACAACAUUUCUAUCAAAUUAUAGCUCAUAUUAAGCUCACGUUAUUGUUUCUCUCGCUCCCUUCGAAAGAGAAAACUACUCUGAAACAUGGCAACAACAAGAAGAAGAACAAGUUUUCUUCUCUUGCUUCUUGCAUCUCUCUUUCUUCUUUCAUCUUCUUCUUCGACGGAUUCAUUCCUUUUAGGAGGCUGCACUCAACAAACAUAUGCACCCGACUCACCCUACGCGUUCAACCUCAACUCACUCCUCACUUCCCUUGUCAACUCAGCCACCUACUCCUCCUUCAACAACUUCACCAUCCUCGGCUCCAGCCCGCAGGACGUCGUGUACGGGCUCUACCAGUGCCGCGGCGACCUCUCCAUGCCCGACUGCGCCGCUUGCGUGACACGUGCCGUCAGUCAAGUGGGCGGGUUGUGCCCGCAAACGUGCGGUGGAGCUCUGCAACUAGAAGGGUGUUAUGUGAAGUACGAUAACAUGACGUUCUUGGGGGUGCAGGAUAAGAGUGUGGUGUUGAAGAAAUGUGGGCCGUCGGUUGGGUAUGAACCAGAGACUAUGAGCCGUAGAGAUGCGGUCUUGGCUGGCCUGGCCAGUGCUGCUGGACCGUAUAGAGUUGGUGGAACAGGAGAGGUCCAAGGUGUUGCCCAGUGUGUGGGGGAUUUGAGUUUGGGACAGUGUCAAGAUUGUGUGUCGGAGGCAAUCGGACGACUGAGAAACGAUUGCGGCACGGCGGAUUACGGUGAUAUGUUUCUGGGCAAAUGUUAUGCAAGCUACUCUACUGGGAAAGCCCAUUCUGCCUUCAAGGCCCCCGAUGAGAAACACAGCAACGAAGGAGAGAAGACAUUUGCAAUAAUAAUUGGACUGUUAGCUGGGGUGGCUUUAUUAAUAAUAUUUCUUACUUUCAUAAGAAGGGUGUAUGGGGAAAAUGGUAAAUAGAAUGUUAAUGUACUGCUAUUAUAUGCUUCAAAAACUUAUUGACCUGCAUGCACAGAGAAAUCAAGAUCUGCUUUAAUGUGAAACUUUUCUGCUUCUCUUUUCAUGAUGUCUCCUUUCCUCUUCCUUUUUUCUAUUUUCUGAACUUCAAUCCCUGCAAAUGAAGAGUUGAGGAAAGAUGCAGAAAGGGGGCAAGUACCAAAGAAAGUUUUAAAAGGAGGGGAGGGAAAUUAUUAAAAAAGUCAUUAGGCUAAGAUUUCACUCUGCUCUCCACUAGCUUGUUGUUUUGUCAAAUAUUGGAAAGAUUUAAUGGCCAUAUUCUUUUUGUAAAGUAUCAGACUCUGUUUCCUUUCUCUGUCGCUAAUGCUUUUUUUCCUUUUUUCCAGCCAACAA